AUGAAUGCGGCCAAUCAUGCCGGUAGGCGCAAAGCCUGCGACUUUUGCGUUUCCAGAAAAAUCAAGUGCGACUCUGCUAAACCGACAUGUUCUAACUGCAAGCUCUACGGCGUUGAUUGCCAAAUCACCGACGUCACCAACACGAGUAGAAAGAGAAUGCCAGCAGCUCAGCUGAGUCCAUCCAAACAACCUUCGACUUCGUUACGGCAUGGCUCGAUAGAGACACGUUUAGCCAAUAUCGAGUCACGACUCGACCAGAUCGCCGCCGAUAAGAUCACAAACAGUUUAACUCACGAUGCACCCGACCUAAACUUCAACAACUUCCCCGAGAUAAAGGUAUACAAGGCAUCGGACAUGUGGAACGAGGCCACGACACUGCCGUGCCUCGGUAUCUCGCCACAAUUGCUCACAGGAGUUAUGACGGCAAACAACGGCAAACUUGAGCUUCCUUCCCUGCAUGAGGUUCUACCAGUUUUGGAAAGAUAUUUCGAUCACUAUAACAUCUAUGUACCGUUGUUCGAUAGAGCCGAAUUCAUGCACAUGGCCAUCGACUGGUACUCCGCACAUCCAAGACAGCCCUUAGUCCCCUGGGCCGCCAUCAACAUCGUUCUAUUCAUCACGUACCGUGUGAUAGAUAAUCUAUCUAUUGACCAUCCGAACCUAUCUCGGUGUAUACGCAACGUACAGUCCGUGACCACAGAAUUAAUGGCAUGGAGUGGUAGCCUCCUUGGCCUUCAAGUCUUGCUCGGUAUGGUAAUCCUUUUCCAAGGAACAACAAAUCCACAGCUUGCGAUUGUCUUGAUUGGAAGUGCCAUUCGACUUGCUCAGAGCAUGGGACUGCCCUCGGCAAAAACCGCCAAUGAUACAGCUGCGUUGGCACAGAGGCGUCGUGUUUUCUGGAUCGCAUACAUCUUGGAUAAGGACCUAAGCCUUCGUGCGAAAGCGCCCUAUGCUCAGUUCGAUGCCGAGACAGAUAUUGGCCUACCUAAGCAAGACGAAGAGGAUGAACUAGGUGUUCUAAAAUCUAAUACUGGAGAUAUACGGUUCAACUACCUACGCGCCCGCGCCGAGCUCGCAGUCAUACAGGGAAGAAUCCACAACUUCCUGUACGGUCGAACGGUCAAACAAUUGACUCCAGAGCAGCGAUCAGAGACGAUGUUUCGCAUCGAGCAUUUGUUGUCCAACUGGCGCAGUGUGAUACCACAAGAAAUUAUAAGUUCGGACGGCCUAUUUCUGCGAUUCUCCAACAUGCCAGUCCAUCUGGUGAUGAACAUGUACAAUAGAUACCUCGAGUGUUUGUACAGGAUUCACGGCAUUUUCGCCUUUGAUGAGAUGUGGGUAAAUAGGGUUCGCUGUUACCUUUCACCUUUAGUCAUCGAGACCAGCGACGACGGCAUAGAUGGUGAUAUUGACUACAGCGAAAUAGAUCCAUUGCCCAGUGAAUGGAGUAAUUGCGUCCAACACUCUCGACUGGGCUUGGAGCUAUCUGCAUCUAGUAGAGAGACAGAGUAUUCUGUCUGGCUACAUGCAUGCUGUAAUCUCUCGGGCCUUAUCAUUCUGCUAGUCAACAUCAUAGAGUUCCCUGAUCACCAAUUGGUGGUAUCCGACUGGAACCUGAUCGCUCGAAUGCGUGGUAUGUUCGAGCAAAUGAAUGCAAAGGCCUCGAAAGAACCCUUCUUUCUCCUCCAAGUCGCCCAAGAGUUGGAUCGUCGAGCCCGUGGACAAGUCAAGCGGAUAGCCCAUCUACGAUCGUCCGGGUUUGAAGAAGAGAUGGCAACUGACACAUUUGACGCAUCAUGGCCGGACUCGGGUUUCAUAUACAUGUAG